GGUUUGUAAUGAUUGCCAUGCAGCAAUAAAGCUCAUUUCUCUUUUUACCCAUCGGGAGAUAAUUGUCAGGGAUAACAAUCGGUUCCAUUGUUUCAGAGAGGGCUCAUGUUCGUGUAAUGAUUAUUGGUGAAUUAACUCUGAAAGGUGAAGAAAGCAUUCUCUCUCUCUUCUAUAUAUAUGUGGAAGCCACAAAGAGGUCAGAGUUUAUAUACCACUUCUUAUUCCAGCGUUUGCUUCUUUACAUUAGACCUUCAAUGGCUUUGGUAGAAUUAAAGGUUGGCGUGCACUGCGAUAAGUGCCUGAAGGCAAUCAAGAAGGCCAUCAAGAAGAUUGAGGAUAUUGAGACAUAUCGGGUUGAUACAGAGAUUAGCAAGGUCACAGUAACAGGCAAUGUUACAACCGAAGAGGUUGUUAAAGUCCUGCAGAAAAUUGGAAAGACUGCAACCCCUUGGGAGGAAUGUCAAGUUUCUGCAAGGGAUGCAUGAGAGAGAGUUUUUUUUAAUUGACAUGACGAGAUGAUAACAGAGGUGAUUUUUUUUAAUUAAAGUUUUCAUGCUUGAGGAUCCAUUCUUGUUGGUUAAUUGGUAAAAGGUUAGAAAGAGAGAUGUUGAAAGUAGUACAUUGUUUAAGAAAUGACACUCUAUACAUAUGUAUUGCAUUAUGUAUCAUUUUAUAUAUUGAUAAUGAAAAGUACUAUUGUAUGUUUCAAA